AAAUAGGCUAUUGCGUUUUCCAGGUCCCUUCUCCGAAUGCCCAUCACCUCACCAUCUUCCUCCGCAUGAGCCGUAAACCCUAGCUGAAAUCGACAAUCCAAUGUCCUCGUCCCGCUGUCUCUCCAAAACAAAUGCCGGCCGAAAGCAGAGCAAGACCACCGGCUUUUCGCCUGACAAAAGCACCAAAGGCUCCCCAUCCCCAAACCCUAGCCCUAGCCUCAAUCCAAAGACACCGUCCUCCACUAAAACGAAAUCCUUUUCUGAAAACGUGGUUGGGAGAAAACUUAGGGUUUUCUCGCCGCUGCACAAGACCUGGUAUGAAGGGCAUGUUAAAUCUUAUGAUAAGCGUACCGGGAUGCACUUGAUUCAGUAUGAAGGUGCUGAAGAGGAGGAGGAGGAGUUUCUUGAUCUUGAGAAGGAGAAACUUGAGUGGAUAGAAGAGGAAGCUCCGGGAAAGCGCAGGGGACUGAAGAGGUUGUCAAGCUCUCAGGAGCCAAAAAUGGAAGUGGAGAAAGGUUCACGUGAAUUUGACUCUGCAGAGGAAAAGGAGGAGGAAGAAUUGGUUGCAAGGAGAUCAAGGAAUGGUCGAUCGGGGAAGAGGAAGAAGGUUGAUGCCAAGAAAUUGGGAUGCAGUAAGGAAAUUAGGGUUGAUGGGGAUAGCGAUCAACCGAAGGGCUGUCCAUCAGUAACUCCAAUGAGCAAAAGCAGAAGAUUGACUUCACAAAGGGGACAACAAAUAAAUAACUUUUGCAGCAACUUAACUGGUGAUGUGGCUGAGCGGUUUGCGCAACGUGAUGCAGAAAAAUUUAUAUUUCUUGGAGAAGGACGUAGAGAUGCUCAAGGGAGGCGUCCUGGAGAUGUAGACUAUGAUCCGAGAACUCUCUUCUUACCCUGUGACUUCUUGAAGAGCUUGUCAGGUGGUCAGAAGCAAUGGUGGGAGUUCAAAUCAAAGCAUAUGGAUAAAGUUUUGUUCUUUAAGGUGGGCAAAUUCUAUGAAUUGUUUGAAAUGGAUGCACAUGUUGGAGUGAAAGAGCUUGAUCUGCAAUAUAUGAAGGGAGAUCAACCUCACUGUGGGUUUCCUGAAAAGAAUUUCUCAAUGAAUAUUGAAAAAUUGGCAAGAAAGGGAUACCGUGUCCUGGUUGUGGAGCAGACUGAAACACCCAAACAACUUGAACUUCGUCGAAAAGAGAUGGGUUCAAAAGAUAAGGUUGUUAAACGGGAAAUCCAUGCCAUGGUUUCAAAGGGAACACUGACAGAUGGAGAGUCACUUUGGACAAAUUCUGACCCUUUGUAUCUAAUGUCGAUUACUGAAAAACGCAAUGCCUUAGAGAAUGCGAACAAAAAAGGCAUAGUCAUAGGCAUCUGUGUGGUUGAUGUUUCUACAAGCAAGUUUAUGCUAGGACAGCUCGAAGAUGAUUCAGAGCGUCACUGUUUAUGCUCUAUAUUAUCUGAAUUGCGACCCGUAGAAAUCAUCAAGCCUUCAAAAUUUCUGAGUCUUGAAACUGAAAUGGUUUUGAAGUACCACACAAGAGAUCCGUUAAUUAAUAAUUUGAUUCCUUCCUUGGAAUUUUGGGAUGCUGAAAAAACUAUUAAUGAGAUAAAAAAUAUUCCUUGGACAUCGACAUCUUCAGCAUUGUCAGAUUAUGUAAACGGUGACAAUCCUGACAAUUCAGAUACAUUGGAGAAAUGUUCAGGAAUCCUUCCGGAUGUUUUAUCUGAACUGGUGACUGCGGGCCAGGAUGAGUGUUGUACACUUUCUGCUCUCGGUGGUUGUCUUUUUUAUUUGAGGCAAGCUUUUCUGGGUGAAACAUUACUUAAGUGUGCUAAGUUUGAAAGGCUCCAGUGUAGUUGUUUCUUUGAUGCUGCUCAGAAGGCAUAUAUGAUACUUGAUGCAGCAGCACUUGAGAAUCUUGAGAUUCUCGAGAAUAACAGAAAUGGAGGCCCCUCUGGGACGCUAUUUGCACAACUAAAUCAUUGUGUGACUUCUACUGGCAAAAGGCUGCUGAAGAGUUGGCUUGCAAGACCGCUUUAUGACAAGAGUUUAAUUUUGGAACGCCAAGAUGCCAUAGCAGAAUUUAAGGGCUCUGGCCUUGCUUAUGCACUUGAAUUCCGCAAAGAGUUAUUGAGGCUUCCGGACGUGGAACGCUUACUUGCACGCCUCUUUGCUAGCUGUGACAAUAAUGGAAAUUAUGCGAAGAGAGUAGCCCUUUAUGAAGAUGCAGCAAAGAAGCUGCUUCAGGAAUUUAUUUAUGUUCUUAGAAGUUGCGAAGUGAUGAUUCAAGCAUGCUCUUCUCUGAAUUCCAUUUUGACUUGUACAGAAUCAGGUUUACUUCAUCAUUUACUAACACCGGGCAAAGGGCUACCUGAUGUUUCUUCAGUUUUAAACCACUUCAAGGAAGCAUUUGACUGGACAGAAGCUGAACGGUCAGGGCGGAUUAUACCUCAUCAAGGAGUUGAUAUUGAGUAUGAUACAGCUUGCAUUAGAUUGAAGAAGAUCGAGUUACGUCUGAAGAAGUACCUGACAAAACAACGUAGAAUACUGGGGGAUUCCUCGAUUAAUUAUGUCACAGUGGGGAAAGAUUCAUAUCUCCUAGAGGUACCUGAAAGCGUGAGUUCACAUGUCUCUCUAGAAUAUGAGCUUCGCUCAUCUAAAAAGGGAUUUUUUCGAUACUGGACACCAAAAAUUAAGAAGUACUUGUCAAAACUUGCUCAAGCAGAAGCAGACAGAGAAUCUAAAUUCAGAAGUAUUCUUCAGAGGUUAUUAGGGCAAUUCAGUGAGCAUCAUAGCAAAUGGAGGCGGUUGGCUUAUGUAAUAGCAGAGCUAGAUGUAUUGAUUAGUCUAUCAACUCUCAGUGAGUACUUUGAAGGGCCCACAUGUCGACCAGUUAUCAAAGAAUUAUGUCAUUCAACUGGUAGCUCCGCUUGUAUGUCUGCCACAAGUCUAGGGCAUCCUGUCCUAAGAAGUGAUGCCUUAGGAGGAAAAGGUUCUUUUGUUUGCAAUGAUGUACAUAUUGGUGGCAGUGGACAUGGCAGCUUCAUCCUUCUGACUGGUCCAAACAUGGGUGGUAAAUCUACUCUUCUUCGUCAGGUUUGCUUGGCUGUGAUUUUAGCGCAGCUUGGGGCAGAUGUUCCCGCAGAAAGCUUUGAGUUGACACCUGUUGACCGUAUCUUUGUACGAAUGGGAGCAAGGGACCAUAUUAUGGCUGGUCAAAGUACGUUUCUGACGGAACUCUCAGAGACUGCAUCAAUGCUGACUUCUGCAACCCAAAAUUCUCUAGUAGCACUCGAUGAACUUGGACGUGGCACAUCAACUUCUGAUGGACUGGCUAUUGCGGGAUCUGUUUUAAAUUAUCUGGUCCACCGUAUCCAUUGCCGAGGGUUGUUUUCAACUCACUAUCAUCGAUUAGCAGUGGAAUAUCAGAAUGAUACAAAGGUAUCAUUAUUUCAUAUGGCUUGCCAAGUUGAGAAGGGAACUGGAGGCAUUGAAGAAGUUAGUUUUCUCUAUAGACUCACCCCUGGUUCUUGUCCUAAAAGCUAUGGUAUCAAUGUUGCUCGGUUGGCAGGAAUACCUUCAUCAGUUCUUGAAACCGCGAUAGCAAAAUCAACUGAGUUUGAGAUUAAUUAUGGGAAACACAAGGUUGUCCCCCAAAUAGAGGUACAAGGUCUCAUUAAGGAUGAAGAAAUAGCUGUGCUCAAGGAUAUUUUAGAUGCUCUCAAGGCUUUGUCUCAAGCCUGGCAGUUGUUUACAGAACUUCAGCAGAGAGCUCAGUUGAUACUUGGAAAGUGAAGAAGCCUCCUGCUUGUUUUUUGAAUUCCGCGGGGCCAAAUUUUGGGUUAACACAUGGUUCUUGCUCAGUUAUAACUAUCUUUACAAUUGGAGUACGGCAUUAAGUUGUGAAAUCACAUGUUAUUGAAUGAAUGCUUAGCGGUUAUGUUCUGUAGGCGUUUCCCCUUAAAAUUCCGUUGGUUUCCCUGUACAUGGCCAACGAUCUUUCUUUGUACACACAUCUAUCGGGCGACUACUCAUCCUAUCAGAAGAAGGUCGUAAUGUCUUGAUUAUGCUGAA